AGAAAAACAAGAUGGCGUGUAUUAUAGUGAAUCAAUCUGUGAUGUUUAGAUAUUUUUAAAAAUUUGUGCUUUCUUUUGCGAAAUAUGUUACUAAUUUAUGUUCUCUAACAUCUUCAUAAGAAGUUACUACUAAUCCAAAGACGUCACCAUGAGUUACGAAGUAUCUGAGGAGCCAGAUCUCAUUGAUUUGAGUAUGGGGCAAUUCAACACAACUCAAUCGUUGGAAGAGAUGAAGUUGGACAAGAACCUGAUUUGGCUUUUAUUCUCAUUGAUUUCUUCGAUUGUUUGGGUUGUUUACAUCACUUUCUACAACUCGCGUCUGUUUGGAUAUUGCCUAACAAAGUUAGUGAAUAGAUUGUUCAUCAGGGGAGCCUAUUUUAAAAUAGGAUCAUUAAAUGUAAAUCCACUUGCUGGAAAAAUUAUGUUUCGGGAUGUUGUCUAUGUGUGUUAUGAUUACACAGUUCGCGUUCAGGAUGGAUAUUUCAUUUUCCGUUGGUGGCGUUCCUACGUACCAAAAGACGUAUCGGAAGAUCUUUCUCACUCGGAUACGCGAUUGUCAGUUAUGUUGAACGGCUUCGAAUUGCAUGUUUAUAAUCGAUCUGAACUCUACGCAAAACUGGAAAAAACCUUCGGGCUUAAAUCGUCAAUUCUAAUCCCAACGGAAAAUUUGAGUGCUGAUGAGAUUGCCCGCUUCAAAGAACAGGCAAUGAAUUAUGAAAAUCAACGACAAAACAAUGAACAAUCAGGAAAACUUAAGAAACCUCGACCAGAAGCCAUGACAGCUACCACGUGGCGAGAUUUGAUACCGGUGAUAAAAAUAGACAUUUGUUCUGGGAGAUUCGUUUUCGGUAAUCGACUAACUCCGACUACGCUCUCGAUGUGUGUAGAAGAGGCUCAUUGUGUCUACAGUACAAAACCGGCAGUAUCGAAGCUAGAUCAUUUCAUGCACUUUGUUAAAGCAAAGAUAGAGAAUUCAAAAGUGCUGCUCGCACCAAGUCCUAAAUAUACGGGUUUGGUGGAUGAACCUCCGCGAUAUAUGGGAGAAGGAUUUGUAGUAAUGAUGGCCAACAACAUGGAGCUUUAUUUUUACAUGGAUGAAGCAGGUUUAGUUCCGGAACAGCCAGUUACCUUGACAUUGGCAAAUGGAGACGUUGUGGAAGCAGCACCGCCUGUAUGGGGUAUUGAUAUUAAAUGCGGCAAAGGUACCGAUUUCAGCUACGGACCUUGGGCUGACCGCCAACGUGAUCAUUUAUUCAAAUUCUUCUUUCCACCGGAUUAUCAAGCAAUGCAGGUGACACAACCACCAAAACCCGGUGAUCGACGUGAAAUGCAAUCAUUCGAUGUCAGCCUUUGCACUUUAAAUGAAGCGACAAUCGAUAUUCUAUUUUCUAAAAAUAAAGAAACUAACGCGGUUCACGUUAAUAUUGGUGCUGGAUCCUACUUGGAAGUAACACUCCCUUGGAUUACGCUACAGGAUGGUUUCACAACAAAAGUUACAGGGCAGUUUCUACAUGUUGAAGCUACUACUAGUUUGCAGUAUAGGAGCCUUGCCGAAUGUGAAACCCUGCAGUUCAAUGUAAAAAUUCACUACCCAGUUCGGUGGAAUGAUCACCAGGAAUGGAAUAUCAAUCUUACCGGUAGUAAAGCUACAGCAUACAUCGUUUUUUCCCAUAAAGACUUCUUCCAAGACUUGGUUGAAGAUUGGGCAUCCAAAUCCAGACCGGAUGUUUUAAGCUUUAUACCGUACACGUGGAAAUUCGGAGUUAUUCUGAAGGAAUUUGAAAUAAUCACUAUAAGCAAUGAGUUUAAUUGGGUUGACUGCUCCAGCACAAAUCAAGAAAAUCAUCAUCUUGCUUUUUGUGGAGAUUUAUUCGAUUUAAGUUUUACGCUACCGUUCGAUGAUUUUCUGCCAUUGAAAAUACCAAUAGUAUUCUGGAUUCACGGAGAAGGGCUUGAUUUAAGCAUGUUCCUGCCAGAACAAUCAAGCAGUAAACCGAUUUUGGUAGCAUUAGACAAAAAUGCUCGAUUGCUUUCUCGCGAUGGUAGCGUUAAGCGACGCAGUGAGCUUAUCACAAAGAAGUGGCGACGUGUGUGUCUGAGUUCAACAGGUUGGAUUGAUUGUUGGACUGUACCAAUCGUUGCACUUUCAAUCAAAUACAUUUACCAUCCAAUGCCACCGCUGGGGCCAGAUCCACAAGCUGACAUUACGACACCGGAAAAGGAGGAAAUUCUCCUAAGUCCAAUGCGAAUACCGAAAAUGAGAAAAUCACCAGCUAUCACCUGGAAUGAUUCUGGACAGCCGAGAUUUGAUCCAACAUCUCUACCACCGGAUCAGGUAUCGGUCGAGCUGGAAAUCGGAUCUUCCAUUAUGUUAGCAUACGGAGCAAUCCUUCGAAACUUUAUUCACCUAAAAGAGAACAUUUUUGGUGAGGAUCAAACAUUUACUGAUAUGGAAAAAUCAAACUCCAAACAAAACUCUGGUAAAAAUAAUACUGGAACAAAGUCUUCGAGUUCAAAAGACGAUCCUAACAAAUCCAUUUCGGAGACGAGCGUCAACACGGAAGAGAAACCUAAACGAUUUGACCCAAGACAAUUUCGUCCUCUAGAAGUCAUUGUUAGUGUUACUAUACACGAUCUUCAGGCUCACAUAAUGAAAAACUGCAAUGAAAACGAUCCUCCUUGUCCUGUUGUUCUCAUUGAGCGGCUCGGUUUCGAAAUGAAAAAACGGUUCCACGAAACAGAACUUCAAGUACUAGUCAGUCCAUCGUUUCUAGUGUCAUCAGACAAUAUUAUGCGACCUUCAAAGGAUAAGCAUCUAAAACAGGGUCAUCUACUGCUUUCUGCCGUGCAAGUUAGAGGCCACGCAAUGUUUAGUAAUGAAGGUCGUCAGCUUGAAGAAGAAACUCUCGAAUAUGCAUGGUUACUAGAAGUACAGCUCGGUAAACUCUCUGGCAAAAUGACUCUUCCACAAUUGUGUAGCGUAGUUGUUGGACUAGAAACGCUGGCUUUUCUAACGAUGGAUGGUGAGAACGAAUUGAAAUCUCCUAAAACAGUUCGAUAUUGUCACCAUGGAGUUCCGACCAAUGUAUGUCCGCACACGAAGGAGGAAGCGAAGUAUCGUUGUCCGUCAACUGAAGACAUCAAGUAUCGCAUGACAAGAGUAGCCAUUGAUGCAGUUGAUUUCUAUCUAAUUGAAAGUGGAGCCGCCCUACACACAUGGAUUUCUCCUAUCCGUAUAGCUACUUGUAAUCUGCACGGGCAGCAAGUCAAAUCUGGCGUCACUGGUCUGAUUCCAACUAUACUUUUGCGACAGUUCGUAUCUACUGGAGGUCAUUUCAGUCAUAGCAAUGGCAAUUCUCAUAGCAAUACUGGAACCACCGGAAGCAGUCGCUCGGCAAAAGUUCACCAUCAGAAUGUUGCUAAACACGAGCAGGAGCGAAAGGAAGAUAUAAAUCCCAUAUACAAACGAACAGAUGAACCUAAUGUCAGUGGAAUUAAGCAGAAAAAAUCUACCGAUCAACACCAGCAGUCAGUGCCGGUGCACGCAUACCGACGAGAUUCCAAGGAAGAUCCGUUCGGUUCACUUCCCAAUCGGCGUAGUCACGAACCAGACUACGGAUAUCGUCGGGAAAAAGAGGAAAUCUAUGGUUCGAUUCAUUCGACUAGAAACAGCUGCAGAGAUAUCGAUUCCACUGAACCGUGGUUAGAAGUUGGUUGCCUCUCUCUAGGUCCGAUUAUCAUCGAGGCUGCCUCAGCAUUACCUAUACCGGAGCAUUGUUUACAUUUGGUGCAACAUAAUUAUCUAAAACUGCAUGAUGAGCGAGCGAAAAAACUCUGGUUCCUGUGGGCCAAUUCCAACGAUCCAAUCCGUUGUGGAUGUGUAGGCGGAUGUGUAUUCUUCGGGACCAACCGAAACGGUCCACGGUUUUUCAAACCAUCUGCUCAGGAUUUGCAAGACUUUAUCAAUAUUGCCCGUUAUCACAUAUAUCCGAAUUCUCGCGAUUACGGUUUUGGUCAAAGUUUGCUACACGAAGAUCAGUUAGUGUUCCACACUCCCCCGUACAGUUUGCAGCCAGUUUCAUUGCAGGAAUGCUACGAGUAUGUUGGUAGGCCGAAUCUGCGCACUACUAGAUUUGGUACCGAUUCCAAGUCGCCAUUGCCACCGAAGCACGAAUCUAUUAUAAAUAACCAAAAACAAUGUGAUAUUUCCCCGAACAGCACUAUGAUUCGCAGUGCCGGUGAUAAAUCUGGAAAAUCAUCUUUAGAGCGUGUCAAGGAAAAGGACAACAGCUCGCCUCUGAGUGCAGACCGUAGUAGAGGCAGGCGGUUUUCCUACACUAGUGCAAGGCAAAAUACCAUAUCGCAUGAUGUGCCCUAUUAUCGAUUGUUGGAGUCUAGUCCUAAAGGUGCCAACUCAAAGCUGGCGACAUCGGCUAGCUCCCGGCAGGAGUCCGAGUCUCGUCUGCUCACCCCUAAGGCAAUUAAAGUGCAGGCACCUAAAACAAGUGCUUCCGAUUCGCGUCUCACGAUGGAAUAUUUCCAAAGAGACGAUGCGGCUAGUAUGUCAGACGAUACUACUGAACUGUCCCAAUCGGCUCCACAGCCACAUCCACUUGAGUCUGAUUCCGAGCAUUCAUUGAGUCCCAAAGUGCCGGAAGAUGUCAUAAUACGUGACGUACAGCGGACAGUUUCGCUUACGUCUGAGAACCCCUCGGAAGCAUUUUUUUCGGCCGAUGAAGACCUACACGCCUCCCGAAGUUCCAGUUUGAAGACGAAUGAUGUUCCCUCGGUUAUUCCAAAGAAACGUUUUGCCUCCGAUCUUAGUAUUGUUGGACCUAACGAACUUGAAGCGAAACUUUCCACGCAUCGGAGUGACUACGAAAUACACACACCAGAGCAUCGUAGUUUACCAAUGAGACCUCAGUCAACAGCAGAAUUGAACGACGAGGAACGUCGGAUUCAUGGUCUAGCAACGCCCCUGCGUAAAUUUAAUAGUAAUACUUCACGCCCUGAAUUUCGACAUUUCAAGCCGGUGUACGACGUCGAUCCACACGAUUCAUCGGAAUCGCACUCGCUGUCUUCGAGUUCGUUUAUAUCAGCGCUAUCAUCCCAGGAGGACAUAACUUUGGUCAACCUACACAUGCAAAUCAAUCGUCCAAUUGUUGACUCGCCUUUGUUAAUGGCUAGCUAUGUCACGCAUCUGGCGCAAGUGCGGUGUUCCAAUUGGUCACAUUGCUCGAUGCCGUUUGGAGCCGACGCUUUCUCAAUGCCACUGUUUCAACAAAAUGAAGAUGGUGGCUUAGUUUACAUUGGCAGCAAACUUGUGCCUCAUUUUGACAACUAUUCGCACUGGCGAGAAGUGAGGAUCAUUCCCCGCUAUGAUGGUAGUACUGCUCAGCAGCCAUCCACUUCGGGGGUGUCAACGUUGCCAAAACCCCAUCCGUGGGAUCCGAGCGUUAUGGUGCGGGAAAGUUUUGAGAAGCGUGAUGAUAAAGAAAAUGAAAAUGAAUUUCUUAGUUCGCAAGGGGAGACAGCGACCAGAAACUCGGUGGUAGUACGUUUUAAAGGACAAGUGGAUAUGAUGCUAACCCCACUGUUGUUGGAAGGAUUGCAAAGAAUGAUCGAAUCAUUGAUUGCCAGCCAAGCUACGCUACAUCCACUGACAAUAAUCAAUGAUGUGCAUGCGUCUUGUGUUCGUAAAGUGGAAGCCGUCAACGUACUGAAACGAGAUCAAUCACUCAGCUACUGGUCGCAAGUUCAUUCAAAUUCUAAACGAUCGACUGCCGAACGUAAUCUGCAAGGUCCCGGUGGUCCCGUUUUAACUGAUGUGUACGAAGAAAGCAUUUCAACUCAGCUUCAAGGGCUGAUUGUACUACCAAAGAUGAAUGUUACGUUGAUACAAAGUUCGGUCAUUGAAGAGGUUAUUUCAUUUGCUGCAUUGGAUAAUGUUCAAGAGCUGAGUUGCGCUUCGUUGUUGGCAGUUUGCUUCGAAGGUGUCUCCACACGGUUCCAUCUGGGUAAAACGACAAAGGCAUCGAUGCAUACUGUCUACACGCAACCAACCAUUCGAACAGGUGGGCUCAAAAAGAGUGGUUUGAUUCGUGGCACCAGAGCUUUACUAGCACAUCUUUCUUCUCAAUCGAGACCCGACAACGUUCCGGGCGAACCAGUUCUACUGGAAACAUCAGAGAAGCAAUUAGAAGAGCUAAUAAUCACGUUGGACGUGGGAAAAGCUCAUGCUCAACUAAGGCGACUGAAAAAUGAUUCAGCAACUGGACAAGAUUCUCAAAUCGUAAUUACUGCUCUACCAACACAUCGAAGUCGGGCGAUGUUUGAUUGUACCAAAAUUCCCGAAGAGCCAGCCACAGACGGUACCUCGGCUAUGGGGUAUAUAAUGUUUGAGUGUGGCCUCGAAGGUGUAAGCGUAAAAAUUGUUAAGAGAUCUCAAUUUGAAAAAUCAGAGAAUGCCGAAGAUGCCCUGAAGCCAGUUCCGGAGGUCAUACAUUCAGAAGCCAAUCAGAGCAGUGUAACUGGUAACAAUCCUUUGAAUCUAGUCACAUUACUGAAUGAAGCUGGAGGGAGCAUGGCAGCAGAAGCACUAGCAAAGAUCGGCAUGAAGAAACCUUCUACUCCUAAAAGCGGCACUCCGAAGGAUAGGGGAACGUCAGGAAUCGAAUCGAAAUCGAAAGAUAAACCUAAUGAUAGCCGAAUUUCUCGUGAACGAUUCAUUCACAAAGGUAUCGAUGGAUCAUUAGUGGAUGAUGUUGAUCAAGGAAAGGAUCAAUCAUCGCAAAUAGAAACCAAUAGUACAAGUGGACAAAAGCUCGAACCAAACGCAGUAGUACCAUUGAAAAAUGAUAAUGGGAAAACAUCAUCUUGUGUGAUUGACUUUAAAACCGUUUGGUUCAAUUUUGCUGCUCCCCCGCGAACACCCAUCACAAGAAAAAUCGAUUAUUCUCGAUUAGAUUGGAAUCUACUGAGCACAGCUUCACCAGCUAUCACUGCAUGGAUGAAUCCAAGCAAUCGUUUCGCUAUUAAGGUUGUUGCACUGAUUCGGGCCACAUACGUAAGGCGCACGGCUGUAAUGGUGGCAUUGAUGGCAGAUGCUUGGGAAAGACAAACUCUACACCGUCCAUUAAAGAGUCGCUAUCCAGGAAUGUUCACACCGUUAGCCAAGACGUUACAGGAAGAUCCUAGCUGUUUACUAUGUACGAUGCUGACGAAAUAUGUUCUGGAAGAAACUGUAGCUAAAAUUGAAAAUGAUCUCAAACAACAGUACGUUCCACAGUUAAGUACAUUGCGACAGGCGGUCAUCGUGCUUAGCAGACAGUGGAAAAAUGUUCUGUACAAUCCAAUGCUAUUCGAACACCAGUACAAGGGAAAAUUAAAUAACCCGAUUAGUGUAACGUUUUCUUUGCCCCAAGAUGAGGACGCAGAAGAUACGGAUGAUAUCGAUGCUGAGAACUAUCCGGUGGGUAUGGUUGAAAAUCAUCCUUUGAUCGACGAGGAAAAUGAGCGCACAAUGCUUCUUGGUCAAAGCGCACAGGGUCAUCAUCAGCGCCAGACAGCAGCAACUUCUCAUCAGCAUCAUGUAAUAAAAGUGCCCGAGGAACCGGUACCGAUCCACGUUACCAAACUUGGAGAUUCCCUUAACACUUCUCCCAGUACUAACAACUCUAACAAGCUACGAAAGAAGUCUUCGGUAAAGAGUUUUAUUCCUCCGGCAGCACCGUCAUCACGAUCUAGCAUGCAGAUGUUUCCGAUCAUAUUUGAUAAACAUGAUCCUCAAAUCGAAUACGGUGCCUUGAAAGAAGGUUCACUGCCAUCGAUGUGUAGUUCAUCUGAUUCUCUGGACAAACCCUGGACGCCACCAGCGAAUCAUAAAGAAGAUCUGUACUCCUGGAUGGCAAAACAGCAGAAUGGAAAUAAUAAAACCAAUCGAGAUAAAGACAAACAUGAGAGCACCCGCCAAGCGGCAAAAAAUCGUCCAGAAAUUCAUUCGAUUAAAUACAUUCAAGACAGUCAUCGCAUUCUCGACGCCCAUCUUAUUUUCGAACCGAUGUUGACUUUCCUUGGUGUCAUGCCGCAACAAAUGAUCAACAGUGUAUCGAGCUCCGAUGUUUCGUCGUUGGACAGUCUUGGAACGAAUCUGUCUCUGGUAUGUUACUUCGAUACAAUGCGCAUUGAUAUUGUGGUAAGUGAAGCAGGGGAUUCUAAGAAACCAAAGCCCAAAGUGAGCAAAAAAGGCAACGGGAAAUUUUCUUUGAUCAUGCCCGCCGAACAACCAUCGUUUCUUUGCGAACACGUUGGAGUGGAACUAGAACUAAUGAAAAUGACAGAUGGAUUUCCCGAUGAUGCCAAACAACAUAUGCUCUAUGUUUCACGUGGCCAAUUGAAAAAACAUACCAGCACAGUGAUAAAUUUCAGCUUGAAUGUAAAGUACUUAUCGCAACAGGUAAACAUGCCCCUGCUGCGCUUACUUCACCAAAUCACCAACAUGUAUCAAAAUGUAAAAGAUGCUCAAAAUGAGCUUCGUGAUCAUCCAGACCACGGCAAACGAAGUGCUCCUUUGAAGGAUGAGUCUAGUUUAGCAUCUGAAACGAACGAUCCUACAUUAAUGGGCUCUUUGAAUGAACCGUUAAUGUCGCACAUCGAGAACGGAAUUUUUGAUUACGCGGAUGAACGAUACGACAAAUUCAAUGAAGACAUUCCAUAUAGGCAUGAAUUACGGCACUCGGUGAGCCGAUCAAAGUUACCUAGUCUAGGACCGUUGAUUCCACUCACGCCAUCCCCUAGCUCUCGCAACAGACCUCAUAGCUUUGCACAAAAACUCAGAAGUACAGGUAAAUCAGUGAAAGGCAAGUUGGGUUACACAAACCUCAAUGAAACGGUUACAACACCGAUCAAAGCGAGUCCCACUGCCUUGACGUUUGCUGACGCGCUAUCAAGGAACUCAUUGGAAACGAAAAACUCGCUUGCUGGGCUAUCCAGUUCAGGUGGAGAUGAUACGGCACCGUUUGACCGAUCGACAUUUACUGGGCCAAUCCAUAGUAUUCUGGAUACACCGAAAUGCUGGAAGACAAUUUACCAUCUGCUGGACCUUUAUGCUGCCAUGCCUGAAACAAAAACUAUUUCACAUCGUGUGUCACUGUCACCAGAUGCUAUUGGGCAAAUCAAAGCACGUAAGUACAACUUGCUGUCGGAUUCAAAAGGAACUAAUCACGAUGCAGAAGAUAUAAAGGCUGGAGUUCAAAUGGCGAAAGAUGUCAGUGUCGUAACUCAGGAAAGAACCAGAUUGGUUGUUUUUGGUGUUGCCAAAAUCCAUCGGACGAGGCUACUUGCAACACUAAGUGGUCUCAAACUUGAAGCCGAAAUUACCGCCCUUCACAGCAGUACAACGUGGCGUAAGAAGUCUCGUCCGGCAUCAUUGGAAUGUUCCUUAACUGGUCAGGUUGGACGUGCCAUGAUUGUACUACUCGAAGGUGUGCUACCCAAUCAGCAAACUGUCGUUAAGAUUACCAUAGGAAAAAGUCAAACAUUGUAUUCAAGCAUUACCCGCAAAGGAAAGGACAAGAAUAACGGUUUACUCUCAAUCGGUAUUGUUAAUAUAGAUAUCCCUCAGCAUCCAGUAGCGCUUCAUGGAAUGAUGACUCGUGGAUCUAAGCAGAUCUCAUCAACUCUUCAGGAAUUGCGUGUGACUCGAAGCUCUGCAAGACUAGCACGUCAAAACGAAGAACCUGAGUCACCUUUACAUCAUCACCGGGAAACGCGUGAUAAACACCCAACAAUACGCAAACAUAGUGUUUCCGCAGCUAAAUCGAAUGCUGGCAACCCGAGCGGAUUACUGCAACCACUUGUCAUGCAGUUUAAUAUUAUCCUUCAAAGUUUAUCGGUCACAGCAGCUCUUUUACCUUCUUUGCAAGCUCAGUACAAGAUGGACCAAGUCACCUCGACCGGUGUAACAGGAAGUAAGGCUAAAUUUACCAUAGAUUUGCCGAAUCAUUCGCUUAGUUUUACGACUAAGAUGCAGACUACCGAGACAAAUUUACCUUCCGAAGCAUGCAUAGCUUUGCCACCGGUUCAUGUAAGUGCAGAGUAUAUUCCGGAAAAUACCUCGGAAGAAGCUCCAAUAGAUGGUGUUGUUCUCCGCCAAGGUGGUUAUUUGGCUGCUUCGGCUGAAAUUGGUGUGUUUGAACGAUGUCUUUCGACCGACUUGUUGAAUCACCUGGUUUUCGUUCAGAAGGUAUUUAUGAAAGAAGUCAACGAGGUGGUGCAAAAAGUGUACGGAGGGGAGAAACCAGUUCCGAUAUGGUUAGAAGAUGCCGAUGACAAUGGAUCUCACAUUAGGAGGAUAUUAUUUUCUCUCAAUAUUAGAGUGAAACGAAUACAGCUUACCGCUACAACUCCUUGUAACUCGGCAGUACGAUUCGAAACCGGGCAGUUAGACUUACAUCUUUCGAACCGGGUAAAAAACUUGGCUGAUAUUUCAGAUACUAAACUGUUUGGCAAAGCGCAAAUUGAUUUGAACUUGUCUUUGGGUCAAAUAAUCAAAAAUGUUAUUUUUGACGAGGCUGAGCCAGAAUUUCAGCAGUAUGCAUUUUUCAACACCACGAUCGGACUAAGAAAUGCUUUUCAAGAUGAGAUGAUGAAUGACGAUAAAGAACUUGUCUUGAUUACACUCAAGCGACCACUGAUGUAUGUUCAACCGAUUGCCGUUGAUAAAGCCAUUCUUGUAUGGUUGAACUACAAGAACGCUUACGAAUAUUGGACAGAAAAACGGGCUAAUUUGAACAAAGAAGUUCUCAUGGCAACACAGCAAGUAUUCGAGAAAGUUCCUUUUGAAAAGCUCAGUCAACACUUGGCAACCGCCAAUUUAUCGACACUUUUCCUACAGUUAACUGUUGAAGAUAUGGGAAUAUGUGUGCCAUUAAACCAACCUACACAGCCCUGGGGAGCCAAUAGAUCUGUCGGAGAUUAUGAGCAAAAAGGUGCAGUAGUAAUAACACUCGAAAACACUAUCAUCUCUGCUUGCAGUUGUGGGUCUUUGGUGUCGAAUGGAAAGUUUGUUGGUUUAUGUCUUCGCUUUGCUGAAGACUUUGACUCUUCACUUGACGAUUGGAAACCUAACAUGGAUGAUACUAAUAUCAUGAACUUGUGCGUAGUUUCAGAAGGAACCUACGAUGUUUGUUCAAGGACAAUUGCAGCCAAACAUCCAGAUAAUGCCAAGUGGUUCCUAAAUGUGAAAUGGCAAAUGGAAGGAGUUGAUAUUCAUCUUGAUGUGAAUAUCGGUAAACAGCUUUCUGCCUUAGGACACACGCUGACCAUGUUGACAGGUUCGGAGGACGAGGAACCCGUUUCCUCUGAUACACAAGAUAGUGAAGAUGGUGACCACCUGGAAGGAAAUAGAGCGUCACAGGAAUUCGGUGCAAAGAACCGUAAAUCGGUCGAUUCAUUACCAUCAUUUUUAUUCGACACUACCAUUGAUCCGAAAAAGCGCUCUUUAUUGAUGGAGACUGAAAUAGCCGAACAAACAAAAACAGUGAACGAUCUGCGUACUCUUGGAGCUUCAAGCAAAACGAUUGAAAAUGAAGAAAGAAGAUUACACGAGCUACAGGCAAUUUGCUAUAAAUAUUUCCGCAGAGACAUGCUACAGAAAUGGAAGCGUCCGACUAUGCGCAAAUCUAUACUAAAAUCAGCCAACCGUUCACGCUCUUUCAUCGCUCCUUCUCCUACCAAAGAGGGUCUACCGGAGUCGCAUGACUAUAUUGCUUUGGCUGAAGGUGGUGGGAAUGACGGACUACUAAACAGUCUGCAGGAAUCUCCCUGUUCCGGCCCAUCCCGAACAACUUCUCUGCGAGUAAAAAUUCCACAGACAAAUCGUGUCACUUUAGCGGAAGCGAUGCGCCAAUCUUCGCUACCUAGUGCCGAUUCUGAUGUAGCCUAUUCCGAUUCAGGCUUCGAUUGGCAGCGUUACGAUACGUCAUCGCUGGCAUCGGAUGUACCUCACUUGUUGGAAAUAGAUGGCGAACAAGUAGAACUGCGUAAAAAGAGUCCUAACCAUCCCCAAAAACCACAAGAGCCGAACAUUGACUUUGAAUUGGAUGUGAAAGUUCUGGUGAAUUCUGGUAAAUGUGUUCUUCACACCAAGGAUAUUGCAGAGGAAAAGCUAUCUACUAGCGUAAGCAGUACUGUUAGACAUCACAAACGCGAGAGAAGUAUUGGAACCGACUGGGGAAGUCCAAUUCCGCAAAGAAGAAAUAAGGAGAGAACGAGACUGAAAUACAACUCGCCCUAUACUGCAUUAGUUGAUUUGACAAUUUUUCACAUUCCUGGAUUGGAUGUCAAAUUGCAAUACCAAUCUAAAAUAAUUAGUGAUGAUGCCUCACCACGAUUAAGCACAAGCGAUCCAUUUGGAGUUACUCGCAGACAUGGUGCGAAAAAAGCUACAUUGUUUGCAUGGAUGACCCUGCAAAGUAUUCCUGAGGAGACAAUCAUUUCUCCACACAUUCUUGAAUUCCUAGAACAAACUCUAGAGCCAAUCCCGUCAAAGGUACUCUCCGUUCCAUCGAAUCCGGUCAAUCUUCAAAUGCUUGAGAAUAAUUAUGCAGCUUACGCAAGCUUCCCUGUGGAUGUUGUGGUUUAUUUCCACAUGCAACCAUCAACAUUUCGUUUUUCCUGCUUACCAAUUUCACGCGUCGAAUGUAUGCUUCAGCUUCCGAGUUUGGAUAUAAUUUUCAGUUCGAACCGGCAUGAAGAGGAUUCCUUAUCCAUGGGCACGAAUGAGUCCGAAGCAAAAUUGACUGGCGGCUUAAGCAUUACUGGGUGUUUGGCAGAUUUUAAUGUGUACAUUUUUCAUCCAUAUGGUGGCAAGAAAUCGAAUCUUAAAGAGUCGCAUCAAUUUAGUCCCUUGGCCGACAGUGAACGGAAAGAUUCGUUAAGUAUCAAUGUAGAGUUUGUUAAAUUUCACAUAACACGAUCGAAAAAAGUUAACUACUGUGAUACAGGAAUGUUGCGAAAACUGUCUGAUCAAUCCAAAGCAGUCAUUCGUUUCUCGACUAUAGUAGACAUUGGAUCUGCAUCGUUUAAAUAUGAUAUGAGGCGCUUAACGGAAAUUUUGGCCUUCCCGAAGGCAUGGUAUCGUAGAAGUAUUGUACGUAGAAUGUUUUUGGGUGAUUUGAGCGUUCCACAAGUUAGCAUGUGCGAUUUGGAAAGUGUAUCUGAAGACAGUAGUAUCAAAGUAUCUGAGGAUCUACCGCAAGAAGCGUUGAGCAGAGAUAGAUUGCAAUUGAAUUUAGAAGGCGACGUUCCGAAUCAUAAUUUAGGAAGCACUAGCUCUUCUUCCAUAACGGCAAAAUUGAAAGAUCAAAAAUCAUCUAGUAUGGAUUCUAACACAUCACCUUCGGAUGUAAACCAGAUAACUUCUUGGGAAACUUUAGUUCUGUUUGCGAUCAAUUUUACCAAACUAAAUGUGCAGAUGAAUAUGGGUAAUGUUAUGGGCAAUAUUGUUUGGCUUACAAAAGGCUUUCAAAGUGAUGGAAGAUUAAGUAUUGGGAGCACAGGACACAGGAACAUGUACUUUGGAGUUGGCCUCGGAGGAUCAACACUCGAUGCCAAGGGCGGUAUUGUGGGAGGAACCAUUGAAUUGAGCAAAAUAGACACAUUUGUACACAUUCGAGAGGAUCCUGGUCGUGAGCCUGAUCAUAAAGUUGGAAUCAAGUUUCUUGCAUUGGAACUUAAAUUCGAUUACAUGGGAACAAGUGUUCUGAUGACCAGAAUCAGUUCUUUCAGUGCACAGCUAAGAGAUGAAUGGAAAUUCUCAAAGGAUCAUGACUUUAGUAAUACACUCCCAACCAAUUACCCUGCUAUUAUAUUACUUCACGGUGAUCUUUCCUGGGAUCAACUACAAAUGAUGAUCUCGAAGUCAACGACAGUUGAUAUCCUAAAAAUGUUCUACAAAUUGGAAGAAUUCUUUUCGCAGCAGUUCAAAUCGUCAAAGCGUGUUUUCUCAAACUUGGAACCCCGAUUGACAGUAAAUAAUCGUUCCAGUGUGAAGCCUCGUGACUUUGUCAAAAGAAAAUUACCUUCAACUUCGGUACCACAAGUUGGCGAACGCGAUCUUACCAUGCACGACACCCGCCACCAUCGUCACUGGCAACGCCCUUUAAAGCAAACCGAAGGAUUAUGGCUUUCUGCACUGGGAGUCCCAUUGUCAAACAUUGGAACAGUGUUAGGAGGCACGAUGGAAUUGCGUGGCAAAAAUAUUUCCUUAGCUUGUUUUCAUGGUAUUAACUUCAAAUCGAAAUCGUGGGCUCUUUUCAGCCUCAAAGAACCGUGUAUAAACUUUGCCACUGAAGCGCAGCACGUAGAAUCUUCGGAAGAGGUUCAUGUCAUACAAACGCUAACUUUCGGAUUAGGAAUGAACACGCAGCAGCCGUCACAGCACCACUCGAAUGCAACAGUUGUGCGGAUGACAAGGAACGUAAUCUUUCCCCCUCAGUUUAAGACUCUGCAUGAAUGGUUCCACUACGCUUUUGCCAACAGUGAAAUUGACGCGGUUGAUCGCUUUCCGGUGAUAGAACGUGACAAGGAGCAUCAUACGAACUCAAUUGAACGCGCUAGGGGUACCUCGACAGGAACAUCAUCACACCCCAAGUUGCAAGAUCCCAACCACAACAGAGAAGUGAUAUUCGCAUUACCUAGUCUUCAGUUGCAUUUUAAAACUGAGCAUCUUCAAGGUGCUACCACGCCGGAUAUUACUCAAGAGAAACCAGUUGUUGAAUGUAGUUUCAUUACCGAAUUCGAGGACCACAUAUUUGUCACCGUCGAUGCAGAUGCCUUCUUCUUUUUGCAUGAUUUGAUUAUGUCAUAUUUGAAGGAAAAGGAAAAAGUGCUUGGAACAAUUACAAGUGCGAGGGCUACAUCGCCAAAUCCUGUCCCGGCUCAAUCGCCUUCGCCAACUCUUUCAAGCACUUCAGUAAAGUCUGUUAAAAGUAGCUCAAAUCUGGGUGCUACAUCCUCUCAAGAAUUGUCAUCCAGCCAAACUAUUGCAAAUGGUAGUGCAACUAGUCUUAUUGAUGGGGCUGCUAGUUCUAAAAAUCAUCCAGAUAAAUCAAGCAACUCAAAGCAUGUUAACAUUAAAUUAGAGAAAUCCGAUGUUGAUCUCCUGUUGCGUACGGAUUGGCGGCAUUUUGAUUGCAAGGUUUGGCAUUUGGAACCAACUGUCAGACUACUCUCGUGGGCCGGUAAAUCAAUAGAGCCAUAUGGCAUCGAUUACAUUUUAAACAAACUUGGAUUCAGUCAUGCUAGAACUACGAUUCCCAAAUGGUUACAACGAGGUGUCCUGGAUCCUUUGGAUAAAGUGCAAGCUUUACUCAUGCUUCAACUGUUACUAAUGGCGAAAGAGAACGAUGCGGAUGAGAGAGAAACUUCCAAGGAGAAGUAGCUUAUAUAAACUGUCUUAGUCUGAAGACAUAUGUUAUUCCACUUCAGAACAGUUACAACGAUAAUCACAAGAUAUCUAGCAGAACAAUGCAACUUAUUAUAACAUCUUAUUGAAAUUUGGUAAGCAAUUAGUUGCCCUUUCUAGUCGUUGCUUUAAGUAGUAUCGCAUAAAAUAUGAUGCAUAAUUACACAGCUUUUUGUGUAAUAAAUAAUCAUUGAAUUGUAUCAUAUAUUGUCGGUGUCUAAAUAAAGCAAUACACAACGUUCAA